AGAAACAAGAUCAUAUGACUGCUAUCAGGAUGUUAACAAAUGUGAAAGGGAAUUGAACUGAAUUAAUGCCAUGAAUCCCAAUGCCGGUUCAAAACCGGGUAUAACGUUAUUUGAGGCUAAGGGUCACGUAUUUCUUGGAUCAUAAGGAUGUCAUCCACUCAGGCCGGUCAGUCAACGGUUGUACACAGACUUGCCACAUUACUGCGAAAUAAUGGUGACUCCGUACUGGAUGGUUCCAGUACUCUCACUCUGCAAGUGGGAUGUUUACAGCACCUGACACAACUCUUUGAGCGGCACCUUCUCUCAAGAACAUAUCAGCAUGGUUUUCUGGCCCUGCCGUCCCACCCAGCGGACACUGCCUCCCUGCUGGAAGUCCAGUUCCUCUUUGACAUGCUGCAGAAGACAGUAUCCCUCAAGCUUGUUAGUCCUCCUGGUGUGAAAGUACAGUAUGUUGUGAAAAUCUUCCCUUUCAAGUCCCUCAAACACUUAGAGCUCAAGCGUAUUCCUCCUCAUUGUCUGGAGGGUCUUAGAGGAGUUAUCCUAAAUGCAGGGGUGGAGCAGUUGUCAUCACUUCAGUCUCUUGACCUGGCUUAUAACCUUCUUAUGGAGCAUUCUCAGUUGGCACCUCUGUCCCUCCUUCAUAAUCUUAAUACAUUAACUUUGGAAGGAAACCCUUUGUAUUUUCAGAAGACACACAGGGUAUCGACUAUCCACCACCUCUCUCCACAAGCUGUUUUCCAAGGGCUCCAGCUGGAUGGCACCCCUCUGUCCCAGUCUGAUCAGCUGAUCUUACCUAAGCCCGGACAGCUGGUUGGUCAGACCUCCCACACUUCUCAACAAGUUUAUAUGGCACCUGACCAAGGAGGGCAGGAAGUGUCCAGUGGAGGCGGGGACAUGACUGACAGUGUGACUGUAAGCAUAUCAGGAGUGACCCGAGUUCGAAAGAGGAAACACAGAAACAAGGUGAAGGUGAGGAGAGCCAGUAUCUCAGAGCCUAGUGACACAGACCAUGAGGUCAGAGUGCAGUCUGCCUUACAAGAUAUUGUCCUACCCCAUAAGGAGGACAUUGAGAGAAUGGACAGUUUUCGAGAGCAGUUAGGGGAGGACUGGCUACGCUACCAGCAUCAUCUUGAUGAUACUCCAGUCAACCCAGCUUUCCCAGUAGUGGACAGUGUAACCAAUAAAGUGAACACCAAGUGCCACUAUACACCUCCAUCCCCCCUGCUUAAAACUAACACACCUCCAACCAGUCUGGAGUUGCUCCCUCCUCCGCUGCUGUCCUCUGAACUGAAUGAGGAAGAGGACAAAGAAGAGAUGGAGAGCACAGACCUGCAGCCUGAGACAGAGUCCACCUUGCAGUAUACAGGCCACAGCCCCCCAAACACUGAAUCUACUCUUGAGAUGAGUCUAGGAAACACUCAGUCUACAACUGAGGCCUACUCUGACCCAAAACCACCAGCAGAAGAAGAAGAUGACGAUAGGGGAGUGGACCUGUGCAGACCAAUGCUGGUGGGGCUGCUCUUAGAGGAUGUGGAGAGAGAUCAGAAAAGGCCCUCUGAACCGCUUUUCCUACGAGUGCGGCAGGGUCACCUGCUGGAGGUAGACAUGCACCAGGGGUGUGUUAAAAAACGAGUGGAACUAGACAGUUUGCAAGAUGUCAUGACCACUGAGGCCACCUGCACGGUGGAGAACGUGGAGAUGACUCACCCAGCCCUGGAGCUCCACUUCCGGUACAUUAGUCGUGAAAGACGUAAACGUUCUUACAUAAUGUUGGAUGACAUGCCACAGGAAGCAUUACAGGUAUUAGUGGAGGUUCUCUCAAGAGUCGUGGAGGAAAACAAGCAGCAGUUGGAUGAGGAGAGACCAGAGACAGUUUGGCUACAGUGCCUAAAGUGUCAGACUGAAUUUUGCCAGCCAGCAACUGAAUUCGACAGCAGCCUGAGCCACCUGGAUGAGCUAAGGAAUGACCGUUGUACUGUCAUCUGCUUCGAGUGCAAUAGUGAUCAUGUAGUUCAGUUGGCUACCCAAUCAGCUCCUUCCACCAGUACACCAUUUGAACAGAAUGAUGCCAGAUACUUUACCUUUGAUGACAGGGACAACAUGGUUCAACCCAAGCUCAAUGAGGCGUUGGUCCCAGGACAGUCUUUGCUAUCCCGUGGCAGCCCACUCCAUUCGCCUCAGCAUUCAGAGGUCUCCACAGAGGGAGCCACAGCUUACUUCCACACAGCCCAUAACUUCCUGUCUAAUUGUUUGACUAACCAUAAUGAGACAUGGGUUGAUCAGAGAACAUCUCAACUAAUCAACUUCAGCACAACUGAUGGACAGGUGCAGGGUAACUCAGAGGAGAUUAAGGAGAAGGUGGCUGAAAAUUCCUGCAACAACAGCUAUCAAAAACAUCAGGACCAACAGUCACCAAAGUACACCGAAGGCUCCAACAAUGCUCAGUUUGACCUGCUGUCAGAGACAGUGGACCAUCGGCUUCAGCUGUUCCUGAAUGUGGAAGUGUUUGGGGGAGAAGAGGAGUUUCGCUGCUUUUUAAAGAUGUCCAUUGUGAAGUUUGGGGAUGCAGUGGAGUUCCAUUCUCUUAUGGUUGUGUCGGACCAGUACAUCUACAUCUUAGAAAUCACCUCACAGUCUGAAGGGCAACCCUCAGACUGGCUGCAGAAAAGAGAAAGCCAUCGGUUGUGUGAACUCAGCUAUAUGGAGGUGGGACUGGGCUCUCAGAGUAUCCACCUAGAGUUUGAUGAGGGGGCAGCAGCGUACACACUACUAGUGCGAAACAGUGGCCGCUGCAAAUGGUUCUUCAGCAAGCUUACAGAAAUUGCAAGGGAAUUGGCCCCAAAGUACGAAAGCAAGCUGAAGGGAAUCUCCACCACCCAGCUCAACCCACAGCACCACCUCUGGCAUCUAGUCUGUGAGGAUGCCCUGCCAUGUGAAGAAGACGACAGCCAGCCUCCUUUCCGGUACCUUUUAGCAUUCCUUCAGCAAGAUGGCUCUUUGGUCUCUGUGAGUGUACUAGCCACCAAAGAAAUGCUUUUUCUCCUUGAUGAAGACCACCAAUGGAGCAAGAGCCAACCUGAGGGCCAAAUGAACAGUGGGAAAGUGACCGUUCAGGAAACUCAGCCAAUCAGUAGCGUCAGUUCCAUUAAUCUGUUCUCAUCACAUCCAUGCCAGGUGGACCUAAAACUUUAUGAUGAGAUGGCCAAGAAAGAAAAGGCUUGGUCUUUACAUGCUGAAGAUGAAGAGCUGGUACAAGACCUGGUGAACUGGAUCACAAAUCAGUGGGAAACCAUGUUUGGGGUCAAACUGGCUACUAUCAAGCAGUAACCAUUAGCCUCAGUGUUAAGGAAAAGCACCUACCUUGCAUCAUGAAGAUUCCUGCCCCAACCUGCUUUUAAUCUGUAUUACUGUCUUGGUGUAAAUGUGGACUGUUUGUCUUUUUGUCUCCAUAUAAGACCCAAAUUCCAUUAUUAUCUUCUCUUGGUUGUGCUAAUAUCUCCUCUAUAUACAAAUUGUGCAGUAACAAAGCUGUGCAGAGUGCCUUUUUGGCUUUGUCACCAACCAACACCAACACACCUUAUAAUACAUAACUAUGCAUGCGCACACACUUUAUUUGUAAAUAGGUUUCUGUAGAUGAUAUGAAUGUGGAAUUGAAGGUAUAUUUGUAUCUCAGGGUGAAAAGCCUUUCAAUGUGCUCUCAGAAAGGUUCAUAAUUGGGUUAUGCAGAUCACAGGAGAAUAAAAGGUUUACUUGAGUGUUGGUGGUGUAAAUGCAAUGUUAAGACACGUUACUGAACUUAAAUACCAUCUCACUCUUUGAAACUUUGUUGAAGAUAUUUAUGAACUGUAUAGGUACACGAUUCUCCAUUAAUGAAUUUGGACUUGAAGUGUUUUGUGUGUUUAUUUGUUUUAUAAGAAAUCUAGCUCAUAAAUGUAAAGUGUAACUGUUGUUGUCUUCCAGGCACAUACAGAGCGGGGGGGGGACUCAAAUAGCUAUGAAUAGAAAAUUUAGUACAACCACAUUUGCAGUUUUGUGCCAAGUCGUUUGUGUCACUCGGAUGUUCUGCACUUUUAUGUCUUUAUAAUUGCUUGAAAAAUAGUGAAAUGGCUUUGUUUUAUAAGUACACGUUGUUAAAGUUGAAAGCACAUGGUCAGUAAUCGUAAAAUGUAUUUCAUGUGUAUUUAUUCAUCUUUGUACUGAUCUCCAGUAGGGAAUAAUAAUAACUUUU